CCCCAUGUAGUUGCAACAUCGUAUCAAAAAGCCCGUGUCCUAACCGCAGUACGUAUCGAGUGGAUAGUGUUUAAUAAUUUUUCGCCUUGGUCUUUUUUCUUUACUUGGGAGUAAUAUAUUUGGAAUAUACAUGCAGUCGUCAAGCUCAACAGAGAAAUGCGCUGCUAGUCUGGAAAAGACUGCUAGACGUUGAGCUCUCUGUUUGCUGUAUGAGGGACACAACUGCACAGAUGGAGUCAAGGGUUCCCCACCACAUCCCUGGAGUGUCUUCCUCCAUUAUAUCCCAGCCGUUGCUGGACAGUAGUGUCCCCUAUGGAAGGCUACAGCACCCGCUCACCAUCUUCCCCAUCGACCAGAUGAAGUCCUCUCACAUGGAGAACGACUAUAUUGACAGUCCUGCUGUGGUCUCCCAGCAACCCUCCAGCCAGAAGGUUGCCAAAAGGGGGCCCCACGAGCCACUGCUAGGGCCCCCCCAGCUGGCGCGCUGCGACCCCAACGACGCCACCACACACCCCUGGAUCUCCUUCAGCGGGCGGCCCAGCUCCAUCAGCAGUAGCAGCAGCACCUCGUCAGACCAGAGGCUGCUGGACCACGCAGCCCCUACCCCCGUGGUGGACCACAGGUCCACAGUAGUCACCACCAGGACCCCCUGUUGCGAGCCCAAGGUGCUCACCUCCAAGCCUCUGGACCCAAAGGCUGCUGCCCAGGGGGCCAUGGCGGUGGACAAGAAGCACAUGCUGCUGUGUGAGACAUGUGGUAAGUGCCGCUGCACAGAGUGCACCCUGCCCCGAACCCUGCCUUCCUGCUGGGUGUGCAACCAGGAGUGCCUGUGCUCGGUGCAGAGCCUGGUGGACUCGGCCACCUGCAUGUGCCUGGUCAAGGGCAUUUUCUACCAUUGCACCGAGGAUGAGGACGACGAGGGCUCUUGCGCCGACCGCCCAUGCUCCUGCCAACAGUCCAACUGCUGCGCACGCUGGUCCUUCAUGACGGCCAUGUCCCUGGUGCUGCCCUGUAUGAUGUGCUACCUGCCCGCCAUGGGCUGUGUCAAACUGUCGCAGAAGUGCUACGAUAAAACCAGCCGCCCGGGCUGCCGCUGCAAGAACUCCCAGCAGGCCUGUAAGAGUAUGGAGGCCAAGGCUGGAGGCCAGGGGAAACAGUCCUCAUGAUACUAACUGGCUGUUGCCUUAUCAAUACCCUUUGGAUAGACCAAGCCCCCCACUUUCCAAAAACUAUGGUACUUACAGAAGGGUUCACACCUGUCCUUUUCCAUUCUAGUGAUGUUAUGCCACACAAGUUCAAAUCGGUCUGUCUGCUAGAUCUGUUGGCCUAGACAACUGCUUGCCUCAGAACCCAUCCUUAUGAGUGUAAUAGACUGGUGGAUUUUGUUUUUAUAAAAUGGCCGAAGGCACAAGUCAUACUCCUCUACUAUACGGCUCUGAAUUUAUAGUUUCAUGAUAAGCUAGCUACUCCAUGACAAAUUGGACACCAGUUGUUUUUCCCCUAACAUAAAGAUAUAUGUUUGAGAAAAUAAGCCUGUUCCAAAGCAGUUUCCCUCUAUUUUUUUUUUGUUGCAAACUGUUGGUUUUCCUUUUUGGUAGUUUAGGAUACUUCAAGUGAAACUACCACCCACUCUCCCCUAUAUAUGAACAUUCUUUAGGUUUCAGUCCCACACAAGCUUUCCUGUUGCUAGCUUGAUGUUGAGCUCUUUAGGUCAAGGUUACAAAGUGAGAGGUAGUCAUGUGGCUUUGGAGCGAUAGUUUGUUUUUUAUAUUCUUGUUUGUGUGCUCAUACGAUAUGUAAGGUCAUGCCACAAGUGAGUGAAAAACUGUGUUUAGGAUAGCCUGACUUGAUCACUUUCUAUUUCCUUAAGGGGAAACGUAAUAUGGAUUUUAACCUAGCUUUUACCAAUCACUUCAGAAAUGGCAUGUCAUGCACUGCAUGAUGUAACUUAGUGCUUAACCCCAGUGCUAGAUGUGGAUGUGUUGUAGAAAAACCUCCUCAGGGAUUGUUCCUCAUCCGUAGAAUUUGGUCUAGCACGUAAGAACUGCUUGAAAGCCCAGUCGACUUCACUUUGCACAAGGGGCAAAGAACCAUUUAAAAAGGGCAAAAGGGCAAUUGUGAAUUAUUUAGGAAGAGUGAGAGGAAAUGGCUGGAAAAAUAGCAUUUUCAGGAAGAGGGAGAAGGUUGAGCGAAGUUGUAGCGUAUCUAGCCAGCCUUAGUUAAAUGCAAUCGGCCACUUGCACAACCUUUUUAGAUGAAGCAAACCUCUUAUGAUGGACUAAAGCACAGUAUUAAGUAUAUAAAGGCUUAAUGUAUUUUGCAUUACUCUGUGAACUACUUUGAGUCCACAUUGUAUACCCCCACUACUCAAAAAAAGUUGAGUUUGUCUUAUGUUAGAAAUAUUCUUUACCUUUUUAUUUUCUCAAUCUAUUUUUUUGUGUCUUGCAUGGAGUUCCAAUGAGUUUGCCAAAAGGAGUUUAGUAUAGCUUGUUUAGCUGUCUAAGGGAUCAUAUGUGUUAUGCACUUUCCAAAUGGUCGGAAGGCAAUUGUUCUUAAAGGUACAGUGUCCUUUUUGCAGUUUGCUUCAGUUUGGCAUAAUUCUGUCACGUUUGUUCUAAGGUCCCCUAAUAACAUUGGGACCUGUCACCUUCUCAUGUUUGUACUUGUCUUGUUGCACAAAGCAGAAAACAUACAGGAAAAAACACUGUUCUUAGUCUUGAAUGUAUAAGGCAAUAUUACUUUCAAACGUUUGCAAUUCAAUCCAAGGAAAAGGUGCCAAAAUUGGGAAUGAUUAUGUGGCUGGCAAAGCCAGGGAAACAAAUUGCAAAUGUGUUGACAAUAUGUUAUAGAAAUAGACCUAUGCAGGUGACAUGCUGUUGUAAAUAGUUUCAAGACACGUGUUCUUUAGAAGAGUUUUAAAUGUCCUCGAAAAAUUGCAUGGUACAUUAUAACUACAAUUCAGUACAAAAUAUAUAGAGAUAUGUAGAUAUAUAUUUUGGGGGUAAAGUUGAGGUUGA